AUGGAUCUGGAAACAAAGAGCAGAGAAAACUAUGUCUCCCAGCAGCCAAUGCAGUUGCAACAAAUGGGUGCAAAAUCCAAAUUAAAAGAUCUCGAGUUUCCUAUUUUUGGGGUUCCUUCAUCACAAGGUAAUUCCCUGCAAGGUUUACUCCAUAUAGAUCCAUUUCAAGUAUAUGGAUCUUCAUCAAAUCCAGUAACUGGGGUGCAAACUGCAAAUUUUGUUAACCCUUUUGAUAGUUUCUCCUUUGGCUGUUCAUCAGCAGAUUUUGAUGUUUAUGAGUCAAAACCAUUUACUGAAAAUAUUAAUGCCAAUAAAGCUGGUCAUGCACAUGUUAUGGAGAAUUUCCACUUCGGAGGUAAUAAUUAUAGCCUCAACGUCUCUCACGAGAGAAAUCAAAUGGAAAUGGUGGAUGCAAACCUAAGCAAUUAUUGUUUGCCGUUUGAUCACUCUCAAGAAACCAAGCCUAUGAAUUUUGUAGUACCAGAUGAUGAAAUCUCAAUCAUAUCUCCCGAUCACAGUUUUCUCAGAAGGGUUGGCUUGAAUAAUAGGAAUAGAAGGUUAUCAACUUCAAUCAGAAGGGCAUGCAAAGUUCGGAACAAGUCCAACGUAGUAAAGGGACAAUGGUCGGUGGAAGAAGAUAGGCUGCUAAUUCAACUGGUUGAACAAUACGGAGUGAGAAAGUGGUCUCUUAUUGCUCAGAGUUUGCCAGGGAGAAUAGGAAAACAAUGUCGAGAGCGUUGGCAUAAUCACUUAAGGCCUAACAUCAAGAAGGACACAUGGAGUAAUGAAGAGGAUAAGGUACUGAUCGAAGCACACGUAGAGAUAGGAAAUAAAUGGGCAGAGAUUGCUAAGAAGUUGCCGGGAAGAACUGAAAACUCCAUUAAAAACCAUUGGAAUGCAACCAAGAGAAGGCAAUAUUCAAAAAGAAAGUGUCGCUCGAAGUGCCCUAAGCCCUCGCUUCUUCAGGAAUACAUCAAGAGCUUGAACUUAGACAGAAACCCACCCAUAGAUUAUCGGAAAAGAUCCUCUUCUUCUGCUAACCGUAACAACAAUAACAAUCCUAUGACUGGUAGGAGGAAAGCAUCAGCAACACCAGCAAGUGAGCAGUUUUGUCCCGACAUUGACAGAUUGGUUCCUACAUAUGACUUUAACGAGGUCGUCCCAGACUUUUGUUUCGAUGAGAACAUAACUUUGUUUCAAGAGGGAUGCAAUCUUGAUUCUUUGCUUGAUGAUAUGCCUUGUGCUCCUGAUCAUACUGUGCAUCGAGGAGACUUUGAAGUAAAGUUGCAAUUUUGUGGCGAUGACGUUGUUGAUAAUACUAUUGAUCUUGAUGGGGAUGAUCAGUUUGAUUCAGAGAAAUCACAGAAUGAGAAUGUGGAAGUUAAGCGGGAGAUGGAUUUGAUGGAGAUGAUGUCUCAGAUGAAAGAUGUUCUUUGA